AUGUGCAUGCACGGAGCUGUGUCAGCUGUGGUUGGCGGGCAGUUGUCCUUCUCGGGAAGUUUGUCGCCACGCCCACGGCGUUCAGGAGUUGAGGCCCAAAACGCGCAGGCGGCGGGAUCGAAGGAGACAACAACAGCAACAGAAGAAGAAGGAGAUACCCCCCCUCUCGGUGCUACUGCUGCUGCUGCUGCUGAGCUGCAGACGCAGCUGAGAGCAGCAAGACUGCUGGAAACUGCUGCUGCUGCUGCUGCUGCUGCUGCUGAGGGAACACCCAGCAGCAAACAAGGAGAUGAAGCGAAUGCAACAGCAGCAGCAGCAGCAACAGCAGCAACAGCAGCAGCAGCAGCAACAACACGAGCAAAAGGAGACAAUAAAAAAGAAGAAACAACAGAGGAAACACAUGCACAAGACAAACAGCUUAGGUUGACACUGCAGCGCCUCAAAUCUAAACACUCUUCACACCACCACCAUCACCAGCAGCAGCAGCAGCAGCAGCAACAGCAGCAGCAGCAGCAGCAGCAGCAGCAGCAGGCUGAUGAGGGUUGUGACUCUCAAGGGACUCCGCCAGGCGAACAGCAGCAGCAGCAGCAGCAGCAGCACCAUCACCACCACCACCAUCACCAGCAGCAGCACGAGCAGCAGCAAGUGCAGCAGCAGCCGCAGCAGAAGCAGCACAAACAUAAGCAACAGCAGCAGCAGCAGCAGCAGCAGCAGCAGCAGCAAGAUGAACACCCCGAGACAAACGGCCUGCUGCAUAACUCCUCUUUGGUUGAAACUUCACAUUCGCGUAGGAAGUCGGGGGGGAGCCGCAAGCUGCUCAAGCAGCAGCAGCAGCAGCAGCAGCAGCAGCAGCAGCAGCAGCAGCAGCAGCAAGAGGGAAGCAUACAGCAGCAGCGGCAUCGACGCACAGGGUCUCCCCGUCCUUUGAAGUCUUCGUCCGCAUCUUCCCAGCAGCAGCAGCAGCAGCAGCAGCAGCAACCGCAGCAGCAAGUACAGCAUCAGCAGCAGCAGCAGCAGCAGCAGCAAGAUUCAGUUGGCUGUCGGGGUGUUCGUGGCUACAGGGCCUCUCGUGAGGGUUUAGACGCCCCCCCCUCUUCAGGUGUCACUGCAGCUCCGAGCUGUCUUUCUUAUGGGGCCCCCACGAACGGGAUAAAGGGUUUAGGGGCCCCCAGAAAGGGUCCAGUUGCUGCGGAUGCAGCAGCAGCAGCAGCAGCAGCUGCUGCAGCUGCUGCUGCAGCAGCAGCAGCAACUCCACCUCAAUGCAGCACACCCGCCUGGUGUAUAGGCACCUCCCCCUCUCCUUCUGUCGUCGAUACUGUCUCACCAGAAGAGGGCCCCUGGGCCCUGGGGCCCCCGCUGCAGCUGCCCCCGUGCGGUCCCGCCUGCAGCAGCUGGGGGCCCCUGGGUACAGCUGUAUCGGGUCGGUUGCAGCAGCUGGGGGCCCCCCUGGGGGGCCCCCCCCCCCCACACCCCUUCGCCGCGUACACACAGAACGCAGGCGAGCUCGGCCUGCAUCCCUCUCUCUUCUCCUUCUCUCCUUCUUCUCAGGGCCUCGUUGCCCCCUGCCUCUGCCCCCAUCACCCCAGUGCUGAGCUGCUGCAGCGACACCUGCAGCAGCAUCAGCAGCAGCAGCAUCAACAGGUAUAG